AUGUUCCGUUUUCCGAAAACCCUCGACAUUGUGACGCUCUUCCACAAGGCGAGCUCGCCUGCGUCGAUCCGCGUGUCCACCUUGCUCAAGCAGGCGUCUGCCCACGCCUCGCAGACGGCCACAGAGGACCAGGCCAGCGACACGACCGCGCAGACUUCUGCACCGACUGCGGGUCGCGAGACGUUUGAGCUGGAGAUCACCGAGGAGCCGCCGACGACGGACCAGCUGCGCACCAUCCUCGACUAUGUGGGUACCCCGGCCAUCCCGACGGUGAUGAAGGGAGCAAGCACGACGGCCGAGGCGCUCAGGAAGUUCAGGGAGAGCGCAGACAACUUUCAGCGCCCAGUGGUUGUCGAUUGGAACAACGGCAAAGCAAUUGCAGGGGAAAACGAGUCGGAGAUUCUCAAGCUGUUGAACUCAACUAAGUCGUAG